GGGUUAAGUCGUAUGCGACGUGGUCAAGGAUACGUCUUCACUCGUAGUUGUUCGUAGACAGCGAGGUUAUCAAUCGGAUAGGUUCCGGUAUCCUUGUCGAGUUCCUGGCGACCCAGAAUUGCAAAUAUGAGAGACUGAUAGUCGCGACGGACUUUGACCGAAGGGUGCGAUGCCGGCUAAUUACACCAGAAGACGUCGGGGUCGCAGUCGAGGUGUUUAUCAGGAGCGUCCGCCAGAACGAGGGAAGCUGUCGUAACUGCCACACACACUGCGUCGUUGGGAGGAUGCCGCUGCAAUUCUGCACCACCAAAAAAAAAAAAAUUGCACGGUGGUCUUUUGCUGCGAUUUCGUCGAGAGAGGAGUACGAAAUGCUGCCACGCAGGAUAAAAUCGUCUGAGGCCGAGGUCUCUGUUGGGCGAAGACUCGAAUUCGGUUCAGGAAAGCGUGGGAGAAGUCAGGAAGGAGGGCGCGAAGAAGGUUGUGCCGCUGUACCGGAAAUAAGCAGGCCGAGCCCAAGUUCCACGUUCGGAUGCAAGUCGUGCGAGCCGCGGGUCGUUGGUAGAGAGAGAAAGCAAUAAAGGAAAAGGGAUGCAAGCAGGUGGAAAGUCUCGCAAGACGAUGUUGUACAAGCCAAAUCUUGAAUAUUUUCCUCCCGAAUCGAAAGAUGGUGGUGGGACAAUGAGAGGAGGAAGUCAGGUCGUGCUUGAAAAUCAAGGGUGACCAGCAGGGUAGAGAGAGAGGUGUGUGUGUGUGAUGG